ACAGCAGGUGACCAUGCAGCCCGGUAUGACACACUUGACCCACUGCCUGCUGUGGCUGCUUUUUCUAAAAACCUCCGCGGAUCUGCCCAUGUGUAAAGAGUCAGAUUAUCACUUUGAGUACACAGAGUGUGACGUACUCGGGUCGAGAUGGAGAGUGGCAGUUCCCAACAAAGCUGACACAUGCACGGGCCUCCCAGAUCCAGUCAAAGGCACUGAGUGCACGUUCUCUUGUAAGGAGGGGGAGUACCUUGAUAUGCAGUCACAGCAGUGUCAGAAAUGUGCUGCGGGCACCUACUCUCUGGGCACCAGCGUGGCCUUUGAUGAGUGGGACAGCAUGCCGACUGGUUUUGUCACUCACGGGGUGAUAAUGAAUGAGGGGAAUGACCAAACAGACUGCUCCAACUCAACCUGGACACCAAAGGGUGAUUACAUAGCCUCAAACACAGAUGAGUGCACUGCAAUGCUGUCCUACGCUGUGAACCUGAAACAGCCUGGAACUCUGUCCUUUGAAUAUUUCUAUCCGGACACCAGCAUCUACUUUGAGUUCUUUGUUCAGAAUGACCAGUGUCAGUUGACAGACUCUAACAGCCGGUGGAUGAGGAUCUCGGAGAGCAGCUGGAGGAAAUACACGGCAGAACUAAACAAGGGCAACAAUGUGUUGUACUGGCGAACUAUAGCUUAUUCUAUGCAGAGCAGUGCUGUCAAACCUGUGCUGCUGAGAAACAUUCAGGUAUCAGGGGUGGCCUACACAUCAGAGUGUUUCCACUGUAAACCUGGCACCCACAGCACAAAUCCAGGAUCUGCACGUUGUACCCCGUGCCCUAUUAAUACCUAUUCCAAUAAAGGUGCCACUGUUUGCCAUGAAUGUGAACAAGACAAAUAUGCAGUGGCCGGUUCAGCGAGCUGCACAACGAGACCUGCAUGUACAAACAGUGAUUACUUCUACACCCACACCCCCUGUGACUCUGAGGGAAAGACUCAACUCAUGUACAAAUGGAUCGAGCCUAAGAUCUGCAGUGAGACCGCUGAAGGAGCCGUAAAGCUCCCCGCAUCGGGGGAGAAGCAAACCUGUCCGCCAUGUAACCCCGGGUUCUUUGUUGCCAACUCCUCCACCUGUGAGCCCUGCCCCAGCGACUCCUUCUCUAACGGAACAGUUUGUACCAAGUGCCCUGCAGGCACAGAACCGGUGGUGGGCUUCGAGUAUAAAUGGUGGAACACGAUGCCGGCCAACAUGAAGAGCUCCAGCGUACAUCAAGAGUUCAGUGACUAUGACCGCCGCACAGCAUGGGAGGUAGCUGGAGAGUAUAUCUACACCACCCCCGGGGAUCAGGACACAGACUAUCUAAUGCUCACGCUCAGUGUCCCUGGAUACAGGUUGCCUCAGUCCAUGGUCAAAGACACUGAAAGGAGUGAGCUAUCUCGCAUCACCUUCGUCUUUGAGACUGUUUGCAAAGCUGACUGCAAAUUUUACUUCCUGGCAGGUUAUAAUCAGUGGAACAAGGAUGUGGUGGAGCAUUGGAAAGGUAGAAACCAGAAACAGUCAUACUCCUACCUGAUCCAGAGCAACAGCACCGUCAGCUUCACCUGGACCUUUCAGCGAACAGAGGAAUUUGGCACGGAGAGGAACUACAGCGCUGAUGUUGCAAAGAUCUACUCCAUCCACAUCACCAACGUGAUCGGAGGCGUGGCCACGCAGUGUCGCGGCUGUGCUCUGUCGUUCGUUGAGGCAGACUCUUCCUGCGUUCCCUGCCCACCAGGACACUACAUGGUUAACGGGACAGGAGAGUGUCAGAGGUGCCCGCCAAACACCUUCAUCAAGACUGAUCAGCCUGUUGGAGAAGCUGCUUGUAUUCAGUGUGGACCAAACACAAAGAGAAACAAGGCCUACACAGCUUGUCUCAGUGACUGUACGCUGGACGUGCACACAAGACAAGGAGCGCUGCUGCACUACAACUUCUCUCCUUUGGCUAAUGUCACCAGCUUCCAUAGCAGCCCCCGCUUCACCAGCAAAGGCCUGCGGUAUUUCCAUCGCUUUAACGUGGGCCUGUGCGGGACACGGGGCCGAAUGCCAGCUUCCUGUGUGGACAAUGUAACAGAGAGCGGGAGAGAGGUCAAAGGUUACGUCUGUCAGUCCACUGUGGUUCCCUCUGAUAUCAGGAGUCAGAGCCUUGUGUCCUCGCAGCCUUUCCUUAUUGGUGACUCACUUAUUGGUAUAACUACUGCGACGAGUUUUGGUGGCAUCUCCUCUCCCAAGUGGCUGUUCCCUGCACCGUCAGGCCUCCCAGAUGUGAUAUUCUAUUACAAGUCCAGUGACACGACUCAGUCUUGUAAACAAGGCCGGUCAGCUGCAAUCAGGAUCAGAUGCAAUCCUACAGUGACUGCUAAAGACCACAUCAUGCUGCCGAGUAACUGUUCAGAGGGGACGUGCGAUGGUUGCACUUUCCACUUUCUGUGGGAGAGUCAGCAUGCAUGUCCACUCUGCACCAAAAAUCACUACAGAGAGAUCGUCAGCGCUUGCAUCCAGGGAAUACAGAGAACCACCUAUGUGUGGCAGCAGCCUUUGCAGUGUUACGGAGGAGAACUGCUGCCGGCACAAAAAGUCAGUGCUUGCGUGACUCUGGAUUUCUGGCUCAAGUUUGGUGUUUCCACUGGAGUCAUCGCCGCUGUACUGCUCAUCAGCGUCAGCUGUUAUUUUUGGAAGAAGACACGCAAGCUGCAGUAUAAGUACUCCAGGCUGAUGAUGAGCUCUGGGGGUAAGGAGUGUGAGCUGCCUACUGCAGACAGCUGUGCAAUAAUGGAGGGAGAAGAUGCAGAGGACGACCUCAUGGACCUCACCAAGAAAUCCUUCUUCACCAAAAUUAAGUCUUUCUCACGAGAGAGGUCAUCUGACGGAUUUGACUCAGUUCCCCUUAAGUCAUCAUCUUCACACCAGCGACUAGCAGAGGAAGACUCUGAUGAUGAAAUUGGAGGAUGAGAAGAUCGUUUUACCAAAGCACAGAGAAAAUUUUCAGAUUAGAUGGUUUAACAUCAGAGCGGCUUUUAAUUACAGAAAACACAGUUAGACUGUUCAAGGCAUAUUUUUUAUUAAGAUAUUUCUAUUACUAAGGGGUUUUACAAUUAUGUAGAAUCAUAGUUUUGACUACUGCUCACAAAUGAAUAAACUGCAUGGAUUACAUUAAGUGCUGGAUGACUAGGAACUCUUUAGAACUCAGCACAGAUAAGACAGAAAUAGUUGGUGUUGGUCCAAAAAAGUCAGAGACAGAAAAUGAGUUUAUAUUUAUCACAACUGUCUCUGAAGCAGGAAUCUUGGUAUUAUUUUGGACAGUGAUCUCAGUUUUGAUAAUCAUUAAUAAUGUCACCAGAACUCCAUUAUGCCACUUAAAAAAUAUCAAAAGUUAGACAAUUCAAACCUCAAUCUGACUGAGAAAUGUAUGCAUUCAUAUUGUAACGCUCUAUUUGUAGGAUUGUCCAAACUGUCAGUAGGAUGACUUCAGCUCGUACAGUCCUCACACGUACACAGAAAUUGGAAUCUAUUACCCCACUAUUAGAGUCACUAAAUUGGCUCCCAGUUCAAUACAGAAUGACCUUUAAAAUCCUUCUAUUAGUUUAUAAAGCACACAGUGGUCCCCACCCCAGUACAUCUCUGACUUGCUCACUGUCUAUAACCCGAUUAGACCUCUCAGAUCAUCAGUUGCAGAUCUUGUAACUAUUCCCAGAAUUAGAUGUACAUGUGCUGAGGGUGCUUUCAGUAACUGUGGCCCUGUUCUUUGGAACAAGCUGCCUGCUAACCUGAGGUCAAUUACAACUGUGUCUACAUUUGAAAACAGACUCAAAAACUUUUUAUUCUCACUGGCUUACACAUAACUUUCUCGCUGUGUGCGUGUGUGUGUGUGUGUGUGUGUGUAGUAUUUUAUUUCUUUUUAAGUUUGUUUUGUUGUUUUUAUUGCCUUAAGGCAUAGUAGACAUAGGUUUUUAUGUUUUUAUCGUUUAUGUUAAGCACAUUGAGUUUAUGUGUAAUAAAUGUGCUAUAUAAAUAAAAUGGCCAUUGUCAUAGUUUGACUUAGUAUUUUUAUACUAUAUUAUUUCCAUAUUUGGGGUAUAGUGUGUUUUCAAAUCCCAGGGUGUUUUCAAAAUUGUGUAGGAUCCAAAGUGUGGAAAAUAUUAAAUGCAUUUUGAUUUAGAACAUGUGUGGAUUUUGCAUAAAUGUGACUGUGUGUGUAUCUUCUUUCGUCUUGUAUACCUUGUUUUUUUUUUUUAAUUAGACCAACAUUUUAUUCAAAGUUUUUAUUUGACAACAUGUGAGUUGGAUUUGCCAAAGUUGAACUUUUUCUGCUGUGCCUAGCAAUAUAUGAUUAUGCUUAAUUGUGAAGUAAAUGCAUUUUCUACAUUAAUUUAAAAAAAA